AUGUCAAAAAAAGCUCAUGUAAUUUCCGAAAAGAAUGAUGAUAGUUCGUCUUCAGAUUCUAUUUAUCCAAGUUCUGAAGAUGAAGCUAGUUCAACUGAGAUUGAAAAUUUUAUAUUGGAAAGCAAUAUAAAAGCAGAUAAUUCUCGUUCUUCCCGUAAUAAAAAGUAUGAAAAAUGGAUGAAUUUUGUCUUGAAUGCAAAGAAAGCUAUGUUAUCUUCUGAAUGGUCGAACCUGUUAGCAGCGAUUCAAAAACUUGAGAAAGCAUUCAAGUCAAAUAAUACUAAUCCACUGGGUUUAUUCACUCCAAUACUUGCGCGUUUUCUCCUUGAACUUGAUGAAUUUUUUAAAAAACACCCUGUUGAUAAAAAAUACAGAAAAAACUUGAAAUCUGGAGAAGCAAAAGCAUGUAAUGCAGUUCAACAAAGAUCUCAACAAUUAAUAAGGUUAUUUAACUCUAUCAUUUUAGAAUAUCUAAAAAAUCCUCCGCCCAUCAAAAUUUCAUCUUCUAAUGUUAGGGUUGUAGAUGUUGUAGAAAAAUUUUUAACGAUUCCACCACACUAUUACCUUUCAUUAAGAAAUCUAAACCUUCAUGAAUACUUUUUGACUAUUUUGGAUCUGUCGAGGAAUAGGUUACGAGAUUUUCCUUAUGAGAUCCUUCAUUUUCGACAUUUAAAAGUUCUCUGUAUUUCUCACAACCUCUUUCAAUAUUUUCCACCAUAUAUCACAAAGAUAGCUCGAAACACUGUAAUUUUGGGAGUUAAAUCCAAUCCUCUUUUGAAAACAAACGUUCACAAAUUCCAAAAUGUUAAUAAUAUAAAUCGUGAAGAUGUACCUCGGUUAAUGGAUAUUUGUGCACAAGCAAUUAUUCUUAAAAAAAUUCCUCUUAAACGAAGAAAAUUAAAAGUUUUCACAAAUAUUCAACAACAAAUUGUUCCAGAUAUAAUUAUCAAUUUUAUUCAACAAGGUUUUUUAUGUGAAUCUUGUCGUUUAUUCAUUUCACCUUCCUCUUCAUUAUUUUUACAACCUAUAAUUGAAUACAUGAAAUAUACUUGGAAAUUGGAUAAAAUUAUAGAUGAUCAACAAAUAAGCACCACUUCUUAUCAAGAUUUGCCAACAUUUACUAAUAUUCCACUAUUCAGAAGAUUUUGUGUUCAAUGUUGGCAAAUACAUAAUGAAAGGGAAAAUUCAAAAUGUAUUUGUGUUACAUGUAAAGUUGAAAGAGCGACAGAUAAGAAUGACAUUACAUGGAUCAGAUUAAAUAAUUAUUAUUAA